GACCGACGUGGAAUUUCAACGUCAUUUUCGCCUGUCGAAGACGUCAGUGCGCUGGCUGUGUGACGAGCUAGGCGAAGACUCUCGUCUGCGGAGACAGCGUGGUGGGCUUCAUUCGCUCACCGUCGAAGAGCAAGUCCUCUGCGCCCUCCGUUUCUGCGGGACUGGGAGGUUUCAAGGAAGCGUCGGCGCCGAGCGUUACAUUGGACGCCAUCAAAGUACUGUGAGCCGCUGUGUCAGAGAUGUGUCUGACGCGCUAAUCGACGUGGCUGUGCGUAAGCGGUGGCUGGCUUUCCCAAAGACUGCGGCUGAGCGGGCAUAUAUAAAAGAGCGCUUCCUCCUUCGUGGGAGCAUUACGAACGUCGUCAGGUGCGUCGACAGAACGUACGUCGGCGUUAAGUCGCCUUCAAGGUCAAACCCCGCCGUGGUCAAGGCCAACUACUUUACAAGGAAAGCACACUAUGCCCUGAACACAAUGGUGGCGAUAGUGGCUACCCACUGGAGCCAUGGCUUUUAACUCCUGUGGCAGGCCACCCAUCACCACAGUCACCCGAGGCAGAGUACAACAAGGAUCACACAGCCAUGCGAGCAGUUGUGGAGCGUUGCAUUGGCAUCCUGAAGGCAAGAUUCCGGUGCUUACAGAAGUACCGUGCUUUGCACCAUGAGCCUGGCCGAGCAGGCCACAUAGUCGCAGCAUGUGCCACACUCCACAAUAUUUGCCUUGCUGCUGGUGAGCCUGUCCUGUCCGAUGAAGAGGUUGAUGACAGUGAUGACAUCGACACUGAUGAUGAGCAGCAACCUCAGCAGUCAACACCAACUGUGCCUCUAUCAACGCCUUCAACUGCUCAGCCUGUUUCGCAGCAGGUUAGACGAAUGCUGUUUUCAAAAGGAAAGGCCCUGCGCGACUCAAAGUUGCGGCUUUACCAGCAAGGCAGGCCUCAGCGCAUCGGCUACCUCAACAGAGUGAGGCGUCGCUUUCGUCGUCUUCGUGCCAAAUAGUGAAUUAAGUUAAAUUUAAGUGGUCACCAUGGCAGUGUGUACGCGUAUAGCUUCAGUGCCUCGUGCGCAGUGUUUGCGCUGUGACGGGCAGAACUCGCCUCCACGAAUGUCAGCGUUACUGUGAUUAGCAUUGAAGCACUGUCUAGACACCUUUCUGUAUUUGUGUUUUGUUGCUUUCUUUAUGGAAGACUGCGGUGGCUGUGGAGCCGCUAUAGAUAUCUUUCAGUAUUUUUACGUACGGCUCGUCUACACCCUGAUUCCGUAAUGUCUCGAUGACUGCUGAGGUUCCGUCUGAAUCAAACGCUUUCUCAUAAUGAAUGAAAGCUAUAUAUAAGGGUUGGUUAUAUUCUGCACAUUUCUCUAUCACCUGAUUGAUAGUGUGAAUAUGGUCUAUUGUUGAGUAGCCUUUACGGAAUUCUGCCUGGUCCUUUAGUUGACAGAAGUCUAAGGUGUUCCUGAUUCUAUUUGCGAUUACCUUAGUAAAUACUUUGUAGGCAACGGACAGUAAGCUGAUCGGUCUAUGAUUUUUCAAGUCUUUGGCAUCCCAUUUCUUAUGGAUUAGGAUUAUGUUAGCGUUCUUCCAAGACUCCAGUACGCUCGAGGUCAUGAGGCAUUGCGCAUACAGGGUGGCCAGUUUUUCUAGAAGAAUCUGUCCACCAUCCUUCAACAAAUCUGCUUUUACCUGAUCCUCCCUAGCUGCCUUCGCCCUUUGCAUAGCUCCCAAGGCUUUCUUUACUUCAUCCGGCGUUACUUGUGGGAUUUCAAAUUCCUAUAAACUGUUCUCUCUUCCAUUAUCGUCGUGGGUGCCACUGGUACUGUAUAAACCUCUAUAGAACUCCUCAGCUACUUGAACUAUCUCAUCGAUAUUAGUAAUGAUAUUGCCAGGUUUGUCUCCUUAUGCAUACAUCUGAUUCUAGGUUUGAUUCCGAUUUCUUCACUGCGUUUAGGCUUCCUCCUUUUCUGAGACCAUGUUCAAUUCUUAUACUUCCUUAUGACAGUUGUCUUCCACUUGUUAACUUGGAAAGUUCUGCCAGUUCAAUUCUAGCUGUAGAGUUAAAAGGUUUCAUACUAUGGCGUUUCUUGAUCAGCUCUUCUGGCUCCUGCGAUAGCUUACUGGAAUCCUGUCUAACGGAGUUACCACAGACUUCUAUUGCACCCUCCUUAAUGAUGCCCAUAAGAUUGUAGUUCAUUGCUUCAGCACUAAGGUCCUGUUCCUGAGUUAAAGCCGAAUACCUGUUCUGUAGCUUGAUCCGGAAUUCCUCUAUUUUCCCUCUUAUCGCUAACUCAUUGAUCGGCUUAUGUGCCAGUUUCUUCCAUUCCCUUUUCAAGUCUAGGCUGAUUUUAGUUCUUACCAUCCUAUGGCCACCGCAGCGUACCUUGCCGAGCACAUCCACAUCUUGUAUGAUGCCAGGGUUAGCGGGGAGUAUAAAGUCUAUUUCAUUUCUAGUCUCGCCAUUCGGGCUCCUUCACGUCCACUUUCCUCUAUCCCGCUUGCGGGAGAAGGCAUUCAUUAUCCGCAUAUUAUUCUGUUCUGCAAACUCUACUAAUAUCUCUCUGCUGCUAUUCCUAGAGCCUAAGCAAUCUUCCCCCACUGACUUGUCUCCAGCCUGCUUCUUGCCUACCCUGGCAUUGAGGUUGCCCAUCAGUAUGUUGUAUUUUUUUUUUACUUUAUCCAUCGCCAAUUCCACGUCUUCAUAGAAGCUUUCGACUUCCUGGUCAUCAUGACUGGAUGUAGGGGCGUAGACCUGUACAACCUUUAAUUUGUACCUCUUAUGAAGUUUCACAAAACCUGCCACCCUCUCGUUAAUGCUAUAGAAUUCCUGUAUGUUACCAGCUAUAUCCUUAUUAAUCAGGAAUCCGACUCCUAGUCCUCGUCUCUCCGCUAAGCCAUGGUAGCACAGGACGUGCCCGCUUUUUAGCACUGUAUAGGCUUCUUUUGUCCUCUAACUUCACUGAGCCCCAUUAUAUCCCAUUUACUGCCCUCUAAUUCCUCCAAUAGCACUGCUAGACUGGCCUAACUAGAUAACGUUCUAGCGUUAAGCGUUGCCAGAUUCAGAUUGCAAUGGCGGCCUGUUCGGACCCAGGUAUUCUUAGCACCCUUUGCUGCGUCAAAGGUCUGACCGCCGCCGUGGUCAGUUGCUUCGCAGCCGCUGGUGACUGAGGGCCGUGCUUUGACGAAAAGGGUUCUACUUAAAUUGAUGACGACUCAACGAGCUAUGGAAAUAAAGAAUGAUGGGUGUAACGUUAAGGGAUAAGCAAAGAGCAGAUUGGCUGAGGGAACAAACACGAGUUAAUGACAUCUUAGUUGAAAUCAAGAAAAAGAAAUGGGCGUGGGCAGGACAUGUAAUGAGGAGGGAAGAUAACCGCUGAUCAUUAAGGGUUACGGACUGGAUUCCAAUGGAAGGGAAGCGUAGCAGGGGGCGGCAGAAGGUUACGUGGACGGAGGAGAUUAAGAAGUUCGCAGGGACAACAUGGCCAAAUUAGUACAUGACCGGGAUAGUUGGAGGAGCAUGGGAGAGGCCUUUGCCCUGCAGUGGGCGUAACUAGGCUGAUGAUGAUGAUGCUGAUGAUGAUGAUGAGUGUCUAGACAAGCCAUAUUGCCAAAUUUGUCACUUCUGUGUAGCCGACUUAAAUUUUGUGUUACCAACAUCUCACAUGCGGCUGCCUAUGAUACACACUUUCUUGGUGGUUGCUGACUUUUUUUGCCAAUUGUUCUGUCUGUCAGGGUGCCUUCCAAAUGGCUCAAUUUCUUGGGAAAGUGGUUAAUUAAGUAUAAACAGAUAAAUGGAUAUCACAAAUUGUGUGAAGUACCCUAUGAAUGCUAAUCUCAUAAUGAACUUGGGGUUCUUCAUUAGUAAGGUUACUUAGUAUGCAUAAUGCUGAAUUUUGGUCAAGCAUCAUCUAUCGGCCGCACUAUGAAACAGCGAAGCAUUGCACAAUUCGUUGGAGCACGUGUUCCAAUGUUGCGCCUAGCCAGUUGUGCUUAUGCACCUGUGGCAAAAUGAAAAUGGAUUGAGAAUCUUUGUGUGCUGGCUUGCAUGAAGGAAAUAUUUCAGGGUGUUUGCUCUGUUCACUGUUGAUGCAUGUGCCAGAGGUUCAGUGUAUAAUUGUUUUUUUGGGGGGGGGGGCAGCGUGAUUGUGGUUGGACAAAUCACAUAUUUUCGUCGCAUAAUGGGGCUCUAAUUCUUAAGCAGUAGAACAAUUCAGAUCCAAUGUAGUGCAAAACUAGGUGUGCGUGAAGAUGUCAUGAACCACCAAGGCAAAAUUACAUAUCUGAAAAAGUGUGCAGAUGCCAAUGUAAAGUGGGUCUUAACCCACCAUGAUAAAAAUAAAAAUUGCAGAGCGAGUAGACCUUUUUUACAGCUUUACAGCAAUGAUUUCACAAAACGUGAUAUGCUCAAACGUGUAAAAGCUUGCCGCAAUGCCAAAGUAGGAUGAGCGACAUGCAGCAUAUUUUGGCAUUGAACAUGUCUUGUAACUGCUAUUUUUAUUGUAAGCCUCGCUGUCACGCCUUUCUGUCGGGCACUCCCUUUACUGAAACGUGGCACUGUCUUUCCAUUGAUGUCAUGAUGAUGAUGGUAAUGGCAGCAGUAAGGCUGGUUAAUGCUUGCCCCUUUGAUUCCUGCUAGUUUAGUGGUAAAAAAUAUGGCACGUGCAUGCACCUGUGCUGCAAAAUUUAACGCUUGUGGUGAUUUUUUGGAGAGCUAAUUUGUGUUGGGACAUUUCAAAGAUGUGUGCCAUUGGGGCCUAAUAACUAGAGCAUUGGUGAAGUUGAAGACUGGGUGUAUUGGUAUAGCAGACUUGAAGUUGAAUUGCGCAACAAUUUGACAGGACACAAAGAAUAGAAAUACACACAGCAAGAACGCUGUGCUGUGUGUGUGUCUUUGUGUGCUCUCGAAUUGUUGCGCAAUCCAACUUCACAGGAGCACUGGGCUUCUUAGGUGCAGGGCCGAGGAAAGUGAGCUAUUCGACGACAUGCCAGUGCCUUGCCACACAAUUAUGGAAGCCUGAAGGUUUGUAAACAAAGCUUUGCUUUCUGAUCCACCUACUCAUGUAAUAGAAGCACUGAUUGAAAGAACCUUCUUACAAUAAUGGUGAAAUGAAUGGCCUUUGAAAAGUGUAAUUUGUAUAUUGACACUGUUGACAUAAUAGAUGCCACACCAGACUCAGCAAUUGUACUGGACAGAGCAGUUUGUUUCCUCACAAGCUUCCAUUACAUGGUGCUGUUGGUAAUGAAGCACAGUUUGUUUUGACGUGGUACACAACAGUUGCUGUACUCUGUUUUUUAAUUCUAAAGAAGUGCCAAACACCACCUCUUUUUUAAGGACGCCAUGGGAAUAUUUAGAGAGACCUUUUUACAGCCCCUCAUAUAGAAGUGUGGUCAGCCAGCUUUGCCUGGAUGCCUUUAUAGAUUUCUGUUCCUGAUCACUGUGUGCUGCAAACGGUGCAAGGCAUUAUGUGACUCUAUUGUAGGAUACAACUUUAUGCGACCGCGGAAUCUGCAUUUCAAAGUCAGGCGAGCACAAGCCUGCACCAAUGGGCACGCACUCUAGACUGACAUCGUGCUGCCGGAUGCACUACACCCGCUCGUUGGAGAGGGACUAUUUCUUUAGAUGUGGAGGCAAUCGGCUGCGGCGCUUUGGUCAUCUGGGCGGGGCCUCUCCUGCAUUCUGAAGUUGCAUCCAACUGUUGAGGAUGCCGCUUUUUGUACAACACAAAAGGACAAAGUGCCCAGUUAUUUUGCCUAUGAAACGGAUACAUCACAAGUGAGCUAUGCAAGGGCUUAAGCUGUGCAAGCUGUGUGAAAAUGAGUACUUGCAAAUAUAUGACAUUGUUAAAGAAUAUGUGGUACCGAAAAUGCAUGUAAUGGCACGUUUUAAUCGGGGAGGGUUACAUCCAUAUGCACAGUCUAUAGGUGAUAGCAUUAUUAAGCUCCUGCUGUGUUUCCUGUCUUUUCGUUGUGAAUUACAUACACCAUUCAUCUUGUGGCUAAUUAACACGCACUGUAUUCUUGCGCAUAGAACAAGCAGCACAAUGACAUCUAUGCCGCAUUAGUGUAUUCUUUAUUUACAUAGUCCAAGAGUGGCAAAGGUAGUCUUACGUCUUUGCUCAUUUUGAAGAGGCACAAAGUGUGUGUUACAAGUGUCUUAAUGUGCACAGCCCAAUGUUUACUGCAACAAUUUUAUUCCUGCUCUUGAAUAAUAAAUAAACAAAAUAAUAAACUUAAAGGUCCUUUAUAAAGUGUCUUCUGGGUGCUCGACUGGAGAGCAGUGAGGGCACCGAUACUGCUGUUGCAGAGCAGCCCUCUGUACCUCAGCCACACUCUCCAGCGCACGUGCCUGGCGCUCGCCUACUGCCACCAGGCGGUUCAGUGCCUCCAGUAGCAGAAUGUUUUGCUGCGAAAAAAAGUGGAUUGUCGGAAUGAAUCAACUGCACAUAAACCAUUAUUUACAAAGAAAAAUGCUCAUUGCACUAUUUGUACUAAGCACCCUUAACCGUGGAAGCCUUUAGUGUAGUAUGCAUAAUAAAACAAUGUGUUGGGACAAUGUUGCUUUAUUUUUGAUAACUGGGGCUGUCUUUUUCAGAGCCAACUCUCAUGUUGAUUAGUGUGCCAGCAGCUGAGGUGUCCCCACACCUUCACGAGUCUCUAAUGUCAGCACCGCAAACCUGUUUUUGUUCACUGCAAAACAAAUGCAUCUGCCUACAAUCCCGUCUUAUGCGAGCCGAUUGCAUCCUAUGCCUACAAACAUCAUAUUUUUGUCCCAUUAUGCAAUUUUCUACCAUCCUCGGCUGCAACAACUGUUAUGAAUUGGCAACAUGUGAUUGAAGACGUGCAUGGCCUGCCCGCCAACUCCAUUUUUUUUUCUUAAUCUCAACUAGCAUAUCAGUUGCCACUGUUUAUUACGCCACCGUCUUCCUGCCUUAAUGCUAUCUCCAACAAUUUUUGUUACUUCGCCUUCUGCACAGUCCUCGACUUCUCAAGUUUCUUUGUUAACCUCCAAGUUUAUGUCCCAUAAUGCAUAACUGCUAGAUUCAAUGAUUCUAAAAUUUUUUCAGUGAUAUUGGUAAUCUGGCGAUCACGUUUCAGUAAUGCCUUCCAUGUGCUGUUCAACCCAUGAAAUUUUUGUAUAAGUUUCCUGCUUUAUAUCAGUACCUGCUAUUGAUAUUCCACUUUGAUAAAGUUACUCUUCCAUAGAUUCUGCGGGCUGAUUGUCACUCAUGAAUUUCUGUUAUCUCGCCAAGUUAGUAAAGGUUACCUUUAUCUUUUUCAUAUUACUGAACCUUCCAUUGCUUACCUAGGUAUGCCUAAGUCUAAUAGUUCGAAUACUUCUAACUGCGCAGCAAAUAGCACCUGGGUGAUUUUGUCUCCUUGCCUCCAGACCCCUUUCUUGAUUGCUAUUCCACUUUGCUAGUGGCGAAUUAAUAUAGCUGCGUAGUCUCAACAUUUCCCAGGGUCUUGUGCUCUAUGAUGUACAACGUCUAUGACUGUAUGUGUAUCCAAUUAAUCCAAAUGCCUUUUUGCUACAAAUGAAGCCAUGUGAAAAGUUUCUUGUGCUCUGCAGAUUUUCCAGUUACUUGAUUGAUGACAUGAAUGUGUUCCAUUAUAGAAAACUCAUACCUUGAGGCUGUGUCUGUCUGGGUUCGCUUGAAUAAAGUGUUGUGCUGACUUUCUUGGAAAUCACCUUGGUGAAUGUUUUGCACAAUAUUGAAUUGCCCUAAUUGUGUUUCAGUGCAUACAUCUCAAUCUUUCCUAUGCAAAGUUUCUUCUCGCAGAUGUCAUGCUGCUUGUAUUUACUGUUUCCUUACUCCUUCCAAUGCUGUAAUUUGAUUAUCUCUAAUAAUCUUUCUGUCCAUGACCUCUGCCAAUUUGUUGAGUUAUGUUUUGUUUCUGAGGUUACACACCUUCGUGUUCUUUAAUCACACUCUGUGUUACUUCAGAAAAGUUGUCCGCUUGUUGCUCUGGUGCCUUACAUCCUCGUUAAAUUUCAUCUUCGUAGUAUUGUAAUGUUCCAUUCAUUAAAUCGAAGUUACCAUCUUUUCCCUCUUUCCAUUUUUCUGUUCUGUAGGUGCAUAGUUAUUUGCGAAGAGCAUGAUAUAAUCUGUUCUCACCCUGACUGCAUAUGCAUUGGUUUAUUUUUCCGUUGACUAAUUUUGCUCUUUUCUUCAACGUUUACUGGGAUUUGAAACCUAUGAUGACUGCCAUUUACCCUACAUAACACUUCCACAUAUUCUACUAUGCUCACAUAGGCGUAUGUAAUGAAAGUGAUUCCAUUUUUUGUUUUUCUGCUGGUGCUUCUUCAGGUCUGUUUCAUGUUAUUGCACUUCUAAAAGAAAGUAUUCGUUAUUCAGUC